AUGGGUUUGUGGGAUAAUGCAGGAAAAAAAAUCAAGGAAUAUGGCCGAAAGCAUUUCCUUGACUCUGAAGAUACCAAAGGCAUAGGCAAGGAGAAGGAAGCUAUACUGAAAUUAGCAAAAAUGUCGAGAGAUGGGUUCGAGAAAUUAAUGAGAGCGCAAGCUAGACACGUUGUUGUCGCCUUUUUCAUCGACUUCUUUUAUACUUGCGAGGGGUCAAUACCCUGGUAUUAUUGUCCCGGCCGGAUACAAUACGGCAGGGCUACCUUUCGGCCUUUGUUUCGGGGGAUUAAAGGGUGCCGACCCGACCCUGACAAUACGGCAGGGCUACCUUUCGGCCUUUGUUUCGGGGGAUUAAAGGGUGCCGACCCGACCCUGGUCGAGAUAGCCUAUGCCUUCGAGCAAGCUACUAAGAUUAGGAAGCCUCCUUCGUUCGAGCACUGA